AUGAUGGGAUUCUUCUGCUUUCUUUUGCUGUUUGUUUUUCACUUAUACCUGCUCCUAAGUUUGGCCUCAGGCGCCAGAAAUUUGUCUUCAUCUCAACAACUACAACAAGAACAAAGCCAGAGUGAUGAUGAUGAGGUGGGGCUGCUGUUGGUUUUCAAACAAUCCUCUGUUCAAUCUGAUCCCCAUGGUUUCUUGUCUGAUUGGAAAGCUGAUUCUGCCACCCCUCUCUGCUCAUGGAGGGGCCUCACCUGCUCUUCUGAUGGCCACGUCAUCACCAUCAACCUCUCCAACGCUGGUCUCAUUGGCAGCCUACACUUUCCAACUCUCACGGCCUUGCCGAGUCUCCAAAAUCUCUAUCUGCAAGGCAAUUCAUUCUCUGCUGCUGAUCUCUCUGUCUCCAACAUAACCUCAUGUAGACUUGAGACUGUGGACUUGUCCUCCAACAACAUCUCUGAACCUUUUCCAAGUCGAUCUUUUCUUCUGAGUUGUGAUCAUCUUGCUUCUGUUAACCUCUCUCACAAUUCAAUCCCUGGAGGCAGUCUCAGCUUUGGUUCUUCUCUGCUGCAGCUUGACCUCUCUCACAAUCAGAUUUCUGAUACAGCCUUGUUGACAUGUCAAAAUCUGAAUCUGCUCAAUGUUUCCACUAACAAGCUCACUGGAAAACUGAGUGAUUCUCUUUUUUCUUGCAAGAAUCUAUCAACCCUUGACCUUUCAAAUAAUACUUUUUCUGGGGAAAUACCAAGCAGCUUCCUGGCAAAGGCCUCAGCAUCUCUCGAGUAUUUGGAUCUCUCAAGCAACAAUUUCACUGGACAAUUCUCCAACCUUGAUUUUGGGCAGUGCAGAAGCAUCACUUUGCUGAAGCUAGCACACAACGCACUCUCUGGGGAUCAAUUUCCUGUAAGCCUUGGUAAUUGUCAGGUUCUGGAGACACUGGACCUCUCCAAUAAUAAGCUUGAGAACAAAAUUCCUGGUGUUUUGUUGGGCAAUCUCAAGAAAUUGAGGCAACUGUUUUUGGGUCAUAAUCAUUUUUCUGGUGAAAUUCCAACUGAACUAGGAAAGGCUUGUGGGACUCUUCAGGAGCUUGAUAUCUCGGUUAACAAUCUUUCUGGAGGGUUGCCUUCAAGUUUUACAUCCUGCUCUUCUUUGGUUAGUCUCAACCUUGGUCACAAUCAGCUCUCAGGAAAUUUCCUUAGUUCCAUUGUAAGUAGUCUUCCUAGUUUGAGAUAUCUCUAUGUGCCAUUCAACAACAUAACUGGUCCUGUGCCACUGUCUCUUACCAAUGGUACUCGGCUUCAAGUGCUCGAUCUCAGUUCUAAUGCCUUCACGGGGAACGUCCCUUCAGGGUUUUGCUCCUCCAAUGCUCCCUCAACUUUGGAAAAGAUACUUCUAGCCAACAAUUUUCUCUCCGGGACUGUGCCCACGGAACUUGGAAACUGCAAGAACCUGAAGGCUAUUGAUCUUAGUUUCAACAAUCUGAUUGGUCCAAUUCCUUCAGAAAUUUGGAGCUUGCCAAAUCUCUCUGACUUGGUUAUGUGGGCAAACAACCUCACUGGUGAAAUCCCAGAAGGUAUUUGCAUCAAUGGAGGAAACCUGGAAACUCUGAUUCUCAACAAUAAUCUCAUCACUGGAACCAUUCCCCGGUCCAUAGCCAAAUGCACCAAUAUGAUUUGGGUGUCACUAGCUAGCAACCGCCUUAUGGGAGAUAUCCCUUCUGGUAUUGGAAAUCUCAUUAAGCUUGCUAUACUUCAGUUGGGUAACAAUUCACUCUCUGGACAGAUUCCAGCUGAGCUUGGCAAGUGUCAGAGCCUUAUUUGGCUUGAUUUAAACAGCAAUGACCUAAGCGGUUCUAUCCCAUCAGAGCUUGCCAACCAAGCUGGUCUAGUCUCUCCUGGAACUGUUUCCGGGAAGCAGUUUGCAUUUGUGAGAAAUGAGGGUGGGACAUCCUGCAGGGGUGCAGGAGGACUAGUUGAGUUUGAGGGAAUCCGAGCAGAGAGACUAGAAAAGUUUCCUAUGGUGCACUCUUGCCCAUCAACUAGAAUUUACUCUGGCUUGACAGUUUACACAUUCACCAGUAAUGGCAGCAUGAUCUACCUUGAUCUAUCCUACAAUUCCUUGUCUGGAAGCAUUCCCGACGACUUAGGUACACUGUCCUAUCUGCAAGUCUUCAACCUUGGGCACAACAUGCUAACUGGAAAUAUUCCUGAUAGCUUUGGAGGAUUAAAAGCAAUUGGAGUCCUUGAUCUCUCUCACAAUAAUCUUCAGGGCGCUGUCCCAGGAUCCUUGGGGACUCUUUCUUUUCUGAGUGAUCUUGAUGUGUCUAACAAUAACCUCAGUGGUCUCAUCCCUUCCGGAGGUCAGCUGACCACUUUCCCAGCAUCCAGAUAUGAGAACAACUCUGGCCUUUGUGGGGUACCCUUGGGAGCAUGUAGCUCUCAAAGGCACUCAGCAGAUUCCAGAGUUGGAAGAAAAAAGCAAUCUUUGACUUCAGGAAUGGUAAUUGGCAUCACAUUCUUUUUCUUCUGCAUUCUUAUACUUGCAUUAGCUCUAUAUCGAGUGAAGAAGUACCAGCAGAAGGAGGAAAAGAGAGAGAAGUAUAUUGAAAGCCUUCCAACUUCAGGCAGCAGCAGCUGGAAACUUUCCAGUGUUCCUGAGCCGCUCAGCAUCAACAUAGCCACAUUCGAGAAACCUUUGCGGAAGCUGACCUUUGCCCAUCUACUUGAAGCAACAAAUGGUUUCAGUGCAGACAGCCUGAUAGGUACUGGAGGGUUUGGUGAGGUUUACAAGGCACAACUGGGAGAUGGCUGUGUUGUUGCAAUUAAGAAGCUUAUUCAUGUCACAGGUCAAGGAGACAGGGAGUUUAUGGCAGAAAUGGAAACUAUUGGGAAAAUCAAGCACCGAAACCUGGUUCCGUUGUUGGGGUACUGCAAGAUUGGGGAGGAGAGACUUCUUGUGUAUGAGUACAUGAAAUGGGGAAGUCUGGAGGCUGUUCUUCAUGAUAAGUCUAAGGGAGGGGCCUCUAGGCUGGAUUGGGCAGCACGAAAGAAGAUUGCCAUAGGCUCUGCUAGAGGUCUAGCAUUCCUUCACCAUAGUUGCAUACCUCAUAUCAUCCACCGGGACAUGAAGUCUAGCAAUGUUCUUCUAGAUGAAAAUUUUGAGGCCAGAGUAUCUGAUUUCGGCAUGGCAAGAUUGGUGAAUGCCCUCGAUACUCAUCUUAGUGUGAGCACCCUUGCAGGUACUCCAGGUUAUGUCCCCCCUGAGUACUACCAGAGUUUUAGAUGCACCGCAAAAGGGGAUGUCUACAGUUAUGGUGUUAUACUCCUAGAGCUUCUCUCUGGGAAAAGACCUAUCGACCCGUCAGUGUUUGGUGAUGACAACAACCUGGUUGGAUGGGCAAAGCAGCUUCAGAGGGAUAAGAGAUGUAAUGAGAUACUGGACACUGGGUUGUUGCCAGAGGUAUCCGGUGAGGCUGAACUAUACCAGUAUCUGAGGAUUGCCUUUGAGUGCCUAGAUGACAGGCCAUUCCGCAGGCCAACCAUGAUUCAGGUUAUGGCUAUGUUUAAAGAGCUUCAGGUUGAUUCAGAGAACGAUGUCCUCGAUGGCUUUUCGCUGAAAGAGACUGUUGUUGAGGAACCAUAA